AAGAAAUUAAUUCAAGCCAAACACAUUAUAUACGUACAUAGACCAUAUGUUGAUUACAUCCGAUAGGAAAGCGUAUAUUUGUUUGUUUGCGAGUGUAUUGUUUAUAUUUAUAACAACAACAAAAAAAUAAAAAAUAAAAUUAAAAAUAGUUGAGCAUGUCUUUCCUUCUUUCCUUUUUCCAUGUAAGAGCUCAGAAUGAAAUCUAAAUAUGAAACUAUGAAAGUGAUUUAUUAUCGCAGCAAAUUAGAUUGGUAUUGGGCUCCCGUCUUCGUCGCUUUUUGGUUCCUUCUCUUUUAUAUUGUUGUUAUACACAGUUUCAAUAAUUUCCCCGAGAAUAUCAUGAUUGCCGAAGAGAUGAAUAACACUGAUCGAUUUAUAGGGGAACGAGCUGAAAAUCUUCUCAUGAGACUAUCAAAAAUUGGACCUAAGGUAGUUGGCAGUCCGGCUAACGAACAAUCAGCUGUACAAUUCCUUUUAAAUGAACUAUCAAAAAUUAGAGAAGAUGCGCGCCAUGACAUAUACAUCAUACAAGAAGACGUUCAAAUUGCGUCAGGUAACUAUGUUCUAUGGGAAAUGGUGAAUAUUUAUCAAAGUAUACAAAAUGUGGUGGUGAAGGUUACGCCCAGAAAUUCGGAAAGUACUUCAUCUAUUUUGCUUAACAGUCACUAUGAUACGGUUCCCGGGAGCUCAGGUGCUGGUGAUUCGGGAUUAAUGAUAGCAGUUAUGUUAGAAACUUUAAGAGUGAUUACAAAGCGUGAAACAAAUCUAAAACAUUCGAUUGUUUUUCUUUUUAAUGGAGCCGAAGAAAAUCCUCUACAAGGUUCUCAUGCUUUCAUUACGCAGCAUGAAUGGGCUGCUAAUGUUAAAGCUGUUAUUAACUUAGAUUCAGCUGGAUCGGGCGGACGUGAAAUUUUAUUUCAAUCCGGUCCCGGCCAUCCGUGGCUAAUGAAAUACUACGGUGCGCAUAUUGUGCAUCCCUAUGCUUCAACUAUUGCUGAAGAACUAUUUCAAAAUGGAUUUGUGCCCUCAGAGACCGAUUAUCGCAUUUUCCGAGACUUUGGCCAUAUUCCGGGCCUAGAUAUGGCGCAUUCCUUUAACGGUUUUGUUUAUCAUACCAAAUAUGAUCGUUUUACUACCAUACCAAGAAGAACGUAUCAAAGAACAGGCGAUAAUGUGCUUGCUUUAACCAAAGCUCUGGCUAAUGCAGUCGAGUUAGAAGAUCCGUCGAAAUAUGCUGAGGGAAAUAUCGUCUUCUAUGAUAUUCUAGGAUGGUUUAUCAUAUAUUACUCGGAUCAAACUGGUGUUAUAAUAAAUAUUACGGUUUCAGUGCUUUUUCUGCUAACCUUAAUGAUUUACAUAUGGAAUAUGGCUAAUCAAACAGGAAUGUUUCGGCGCAGAAUACUUCUGAAGUUUAUUACAAUUUUUGGCAUUCAAUUCGUUACUAUAAAUUGCGCUUUACUAAUGACUGUAAUAAUAGCUAUUUUUUUGGAUGCAAUUGGUGCGCCUAUGUCAUGGUUUUCGAAACCAUGGAUGAUAUUUGGCCUUUAUUUUUGCCCAAUAUUUUUUAUCUUGGGCAUUCUGCCCUCUAUCUAUCUUAGCCAUAUCAAGGACUAUGGGCUACCAUUAGCUUAUUCUAUUCAACUUCUUAUGCACAGCCAUUGUUUGCUACUCACACUCUUGACGAUUGCUAUGGUUUCCUUAGGUAUACGUUCUGCGUUUUUAAUAAUGCUUGGCGUCGCGUUUUACACUUUAUCGGUCAUCUUAAAUAUUACUGCACGCUUCCAUAAAACAAAUUUCUUAUGGCUCAUUCCACAUAAUUUAUGCCAAAUUUCGCCGUUUUUGUUUUAUACUUAUAUUUGUUAUGCGUUCUAUACAACUUUUAUACCCAUGGAAGGACGUGACGGCGCCAACAGAAAUCCAGAACUUUUAAUUGGCGGAUUUACAGUAGUAAUAUGCUUUCUGUUCGCACCGUUUCUUGUAAAUCUUUUGAGUCUUGUCCGUAAGUCAAAAACUAUUCUAUCGUGUUUCGGAAUUAUUUGGAUAAUAUUCAUGGGUAUAGCUGCUUCACCUAUGGGUUUCCCAUAUGUGGAAAAAGAAGCGCCUCAGAGAUUUUAUGCGGUGCACUCCUCGCGAACUUUCCAUGACGAUUCACCUGCGAUGGUUGUAAAGUACGAAGAUUUCGGAUUUUAUGUGGUUCCAGUGGAUCGUCGCCCCCAAUCGAUUGAUUUCAUGUUUCAGGAAACGAAUUUUACGAAAUCGGAUGCGAAUUUCUGUGAAACAGAAAUUAUGUGUGGAUUUCCAAUAUACAGCUCACGUUGGUUGGAGUGGCGAAACCAAAGCUUUUGGGUGGAGGCAUCACAACCUACUAAAAUAGGCUGGGCUACAUUAAAGAUAAUCUCAAAAGAGCAGACAUCUUCGAAAACGAUACUGUUCACUCUUGAAGUGGCCGGGCCCCAUCAUAUCAGUAUUUUUAUACAACCAAUGCAUGGUGUCAAACUAAUGGAUUGGUCUUUUACGAAAAUUCCUCUCGAACAAAAUUUCACGGCACCAUACUAUUUAUACUUUUCUUAUGCAUUGGAUCCAACACCUUUAAGAUUUCAUUUGGAAUUUAAGUGGGAGACUGAAGAUUGGUCUGGAUCAACUUUUGCGAUAGCUUUGAUUGGUCAUAAAGUUGAUGACAUCAACACCACUGAUGACUUCAGAGAAUUCCUAACGUCUUUUCCUGCUUGGGCACAUGUAAGCGCAUGGACAAGUUCAUAUGAAAGUUGGAAGCUUUAAAUCUUCAGAAUAACAAUACUCAAAGAAUGGAAAUCAAAAAAUUAUCUAUGAAAUAACUUACUUGAAUGAAACUGA